GUGAAUCAAUUCGUUGUUAUCAAUGCGACAGCAAUGAAGAUGAUUCAUGUCCGGCACGGCACUACUUUGAUACACGGAUGAAUGCUCUUAUUGAUUGCGGAAGCUUUCAGGCAAAGGUUCCUGGUACAUUCUGUGUAAAAAUAUAUCAAGAAAGUUCUGGUUGGAAUAGAUGGAUAAAGAUUACCAGGCGGUGCGGAGCACGUACAGACUAUGGAAAAAAUUCAUAG